UAGCACCUGCCGCUAGGCGGAGAAGGGAUGAGCAGGAGAGAAGAGAGGGGCUUUAUCCGGCUCACGCCCGCUGUGGACUGAGCCUGAUAAGCGGAGAAUCGCCAUAGUCUGACGACAGGGUGUCAAGACAAGAAUAAAGUCGAGGGCAACUCAGACCACUGGUGGAGGCGUUCGACGAGAAAGCAAGGCUUUCAGCCGGGAGUCGAGGUGGAGGUGGAGGGGUUGGGGAGCGGAGCCGGAAAUAGGAAACUACAGCUCCCAGAAGGCAUAGCGGCAAAGUCCCGGAUGCUGGGGUCGUGAAGCCUGAUGGGAAAGGUAGUUUUGCGAACGACUUAACCUAGAGGUUAGCGAGGUUGGAAGUUCUGAGGCCCGGGGCGCCCGGAGUCGGAGAGAGAUGGAACUGGAGCAGAGAGAAGGGACCAUGGCAGCCGUGGGCUUUGAAGAGUUCUCAGCGCCGCCAGGCUCAGAGUUGGCGCUGCCUCCGCUGUUCGGUGGUCACAUCCUGGAGAGCGAGCUUGAGACAGAAGUGGAGUUUGUGUCUGGGGGUCUGGGUGGCUCCGGGCUCCGGGAGCGAGAUGAAGAGGAAGAGGCAGCCCGGGGCCGGCGGCGGCGCCAGCGGGAACUAAACCGCAGGAAGUACCAGGCGCUAGGUCGGCGCUGCCGGGAGAUCGAGCAGGUGAACGAGCGGGUCCUGAACAGGCUCCAUCAGGUACAGCGGAUAACGCGGAGGCUCCAGCAGGAGCGGAGGUUCCUCAUGAGAGUGCUGGACUCCUACGGCGAUGACUACCGCGCGAGCCAGCUCACCAUCGUGCUGGAGGACGAGGGCAGCCAGGGCGCAGACGCCCCCACCCCAGGCAACGCCGAGAACGAGCCUCCAGAGAAAGAGGGGCUGUCCCCGCCUAGAAGGACGCCCGCACUCCCAGAACCUGGCAGCCCGGCCCCUGGCGAGGGGCCCAGCGGGCGGAAGAGGCGGCGAGCACCCCGGGACGGCCGCCGAGUGGGAGCUGCGCUGACUCCAGAACUGGCCCCGGUGCAGAUUAAGGUCGAGGAAGACUUCGGCUUUGAAGCGGACGAGGCCCUAGACUCCAGCUGGGUUUCUCGGGGGCCGGACAAACUGCUGCCCUACCCCACCCUAGCCAGCCCCGCCUUUGACUGACCCCCCCCCCCACAGUAAACCAACCCCCACACUC